GAGCAUCUGCGGUGCAGGACCUGUGGCUUCUUUACCGAGAGACAUGCGAGCAGUACCAGUAGCUUAGGUUAGAAACCACUUUGUCUGUGGUGUUUCUUUCUUAAGAACUUUCGACAAGAUCUCGCUCGGGAUCGCCUUGUAUGUGUCGUCGUGGAUUUAUGUCUGAAAUACCUGUAUCGAUCGCUGAGAGGAGCUGUUGUGUGUUAUUUGACGAGUUGGUCGGUGGAUCGGAACGGACAGCCCGAGAACGGUCGUACGGACGUGUUCUCUUGUCUGAGUGACAGACAGAUCGAUCGAUCGGCUUCGCAACUUGUCUCUACCCUUUCCGACCGGUUCUAUCUUUUAUUCUGCAUACUCGUCGGGAGGACAUACAAACAGAGUGCCGUCACAAUGAUGGCAGUACAGCCCAAGUCAUGUUUUAGUAUCGAGUCGCUGGUUUCUAAAGACCCUCCUCGGGUUGACCGGCCCCGGCUCCCGCCGCUGUCGGCGCUGUGGGGGAUACCGUGUUACACGGACACUGUCAGCACGGGCUCGGUCGUACCCAACCUACCUCCCGUCAAACUCUGCUCCUCCGGGCCGUCCGCGUUCAGGAACGGGCUCCGCACGGCGACGACGUUACCGAGUGUCCCCGUACCGCACUACGUCCCCGGGUACAGCCCGACAGCGGGGGUGGCCGCGGUCCCGCCCGGGCAUCAUCCCGCUCCGCCCGGCUUCCUCCACCCGCAGCAAGCCUCACUACCCUGCCAUCCAUGGCUUCUAGCGCGCCACCAAGCCGUCUUCGGACACAGAAUGCAAGACCCAGGAAACGGACCAAUCCUUCUCGCAAAUCCGUUCCGGAAACCGAAGAGAAUCCGGACGGCGUUCACCCCGUCACAGCUGCUCCGGUUAGAACACGCCUUCGAGAAGAACCACUACGUAGUCGGACAGGAGAGGAAGCACCUAGCGCAGUCUCUGAGUCUCACAGAAACACAGGUAAAGGUGUGGUUCCAGAACCGGAGGACGAAGUACAAGAGAGACCAGCAAGAAGAGGAGGGGCGGAAAUCCCCUCCCAAACAGAAGGGCGCGCACCACGUCAGCAGGUGGAGAAUGGCUACUCAGCAGUUCACAGACGAACAGACGGACCACAAGGAACACACAGACGGACAGACUAUCGAAAAAACGGACAGCUGAUGGUCUUAAGCUGAUCAGAAACCAAGACUCUUCAAACUGCUAAAUCCAACAGUACAACCAACAUUCUAGAAGUUGUUGGAGAACGUUUUCGACAUCUUGCUUCAGCAAUGUUUUAGAUAGACUCUAAGACUUUCACAGCAAUGUAACCUUUUAUUAGGCACAAUAAUAUCUUUGUAGACGUUUUGUCGCAAUCUUUCAUUGUAUAUACAUGUUCAAAGGAGAAGACGCGUUACCACAGCUUUCGGACUUGCGAAUAUGUGAUGACUAAAUGUAUAUAAUGUAUAUAUUAAGAGAAACUUGUAAAUCGUUCUCACUAACAGCUUUGUAUAAAACGACUUCGGGAAGUUUAGGCGAUUUUUACUGCACCAUUUCGAAGAAUACGUAGAAAUAACACACCUUUGCUAAAACGACGAUAAUAAAGUUUAGGUAGCUAGCUCUAGCAAGACGACCAACUCUCCCAAAUAUGGGAAUGAGGGGCCGACCUAUGCAAAUGAUGCAUGGAUGAUAUCAGGGAAUUAGUCGAGCUAAUCCACUAAUUUAUGACCUUGUAUUUCAUUGGUCAAAUCUUCAGAUCAUUCCAAUUAACCUGUUAUGACAACCAAUUGACGACCGGCUUUUAGUUGGCAGCUUGUAUGUGAAAGCAAAGACUACCUAUGCAACAAUAGUAACUAUGUAGCCUAUGCCAAGAGACAAAUGUUUCAGCGUCAAACACAAUGACAUACUGUUCUCUUCUAAAACGAUUCUUCGAAUGUCGUAUGAUCAUGCGAAAACGUUGGAACAAAGUUGUGAAAUGUAAGAUGGCUUUGUUUGUGUAAAAAUGGGAAUAAAUGAGCAUUAACUGCACAACACA